GCAAAAUCCACCGGCUCUUCUCUUUCUCUCUCAUUAAACACUUCUAUUUAAACCUUUCCGUUUCUCUUUACUUCUUUCACAAUCAAAACACACAAACCUCUCUCUCUCUCUCUAAAAUCCCAAACCUCUAUUUUCGCUCAUUCGCUCUGAAACUCGAACAAAGAAAUAAGCAACAGCAUCAACAGUUCGUCAAAAUUUUGCAUCGUUCAAGGGAAGGAGGUUAACUGUUACCGACGUUGAUAUUCAACGUCAAUGGUUGGAUUUCAGAGCGAGCAUAUGCCAGGGAACAAGUAUAAUGGUAAUUAUGGUAGUUCUCCAGGUCGUGUUGAACGACUUGUGAGAGUCAGAGAGCUAAGAAAAAGCAGCAAAGCAUCAUCUCUUUCGAUUGAGUCACCUGAUAGUGUUCUUCUUAGUAAUAAUAAUAAUGAUAAACAUGUGGUUUCUGAAUCUUUUGAGCAUGAUCUACGCUUAAAAGAAAAUAAUGAUUCUGUUGCUUCCUAUGAACGAUUCUUGGAAGGAGUUCCAGCAGCAGCAAAGGCUCUUACUGAUGGAUAUGAAAGGGAAGAUGGAAAACCGGCUAGACAGAGGCUUUUGGUGGUGGCUAAUAGGCUGCCAGUUUCAGCUGUUAGGAAAGGGGAGGAUUCUUGGUCUUUGGAGAUAAGCGCUGGUGGCUUGGUGAGCGCUCUUUUAGGUGUGAAGGAGUUUGAAGCGAGGUGGAUAGGUUGGGCCGGUGUUAAUGUCGUGGAUGAGGUUGGACAAAAGUCACUCACUGAAGCAUUGGCUGAAAAGAGGUGUAUCCCAGUAUUUCUUACUGAAAAGAUUGUUCAUCAGUACUAUAAUGGCUAUUGCAAUAACAUUUUGUGGCCCCUUUUUCAUUACCUUGGACUUCCACAAGAAGACCGUCUAGCGACAACGCGUGGUUUCCAGUCUCAGUUUGAUUCGUAUCAGGAGGCAAAUCAAAUGUUUGCUGAUGUGGUAAAUAAGAUCUAUGAAGAGGGAGAUAUUGUUUGGUGCCAUGAUUACCAUCUUAUGUUUCUACCACAAUGCUUAAAGAAAUUUAACAAAAAAAUGAAAGUUGGCUGGUUUCUGCAUACCCCAUUUCCAUCUUCUGAAAUUCACAGGACACUGCCAUCUCGUUCCGAGCUCCUACGUGCUGUUCUUGCUGCUGAUUUGGUUGGAUUUCACACCUAUGAUUAUGCACGGCACUUUGUUAGUGCAUGUACUCGCAUUCUUGGACUUGAGGCCACACCAGAAGGGGUUGAGACCCCACCAGAAGGGGCUGAGAAUCAAGGGAAACUGACUCGAGUUGCUGCAUUUCCAAUUGGCAUAGACUCAGAUCGGUUCAUACGUGCACUUGAUCUUCCUAAAGUCCAAGGCCACAUUAAAGACUUACAAGACAGAUUUAAAGGCAGAAAGGUAAUGUUAGGUGUUGAUCGCCUUGAUAUGAUUAAAGGAAUUCCUCAAAAACUUCUAGCUUUUGAAAAGUUUUUGGAAGAGAACGAUGGUUGGCGAGAUAAAGUUGUUCUGCUUCAAAUUGCUGUGCCAACAAGAACAGAUGUUCCCGAAUAUCAAAAGCUUACAAGCCAGGUUCAUGAAAUUGUUGGUCGCAUCAAUGGCAGAUUUGGAUCCCUGACUGCUGUUCCUAUACAUCACCUGGACCGCACUCUUGACUUUCAAGCAUUAUGUGCUUUGUACGCUGUUACAGAUGUAGCACUUGUCACGUCUUUGAGGGAUGGAAUGAAUCUUGUCAGUUACGAGUUUGUGGCCUGCCAAGAAAAGAAGAAGGGGGUUCUCAUUCUUAGUGAAUUUGCUGGUGCUGCACAGUCCCUUGGUGCUGGGGCACUUCUUGUCAACCCCUGGAACAUCACAGAAGUUGCUAAAGCAAUUUCCAAGGCUCUGAACAUGAAAUCUCCAGAGAGAGAGAAGCGACACAGACACAACUUUCAUCAUGUAACAACCCACACUGCUCAGGAAUGGGCAGAAACUUUUGUCAGCGAAUUAAAUGAUACUGUUGUUGAGGCACAGCUAAGGACAAAACAAACUCCACCACGACUCAAAACCAAUAUUGCAAUUCAACAAUAUCUGAAGUCAACCAAUCGAUUGCUUAUUUUGGGAUUCAAUGGAACAUUAACUGAACCAGUUGAGAGAAGAGGUGAUCAAUAUAAAGAAAUGGAACUCACAGUGCACCCAGAACUGAAACAAUCCUUCACACAACUUUGCAGUGACCCAAAGACUACAGUUGUUGUGCUUAGUGGAAGUGGGAGAACCCUUCUAGAUGAAAACUUUAGAGAAUACAACACUUGGCUGGCAGCGGAGAAUGGGAUGUUUUUAAACCCUUCAAAUGGAGAAUGGAUGACAACAAUGCCGGAACAACUGAAUAUGGAAUGGGUUGACAGCGUGAAGCAUGUUUUUGAGUACUUCACCGAAAGAACACCUCAGUCACAUUUCGAAGAAAGGGAAGCUUCACUUGUAUGGAAUUACAGACAUGCAGAUGUUGAGUUUGGAAAACUUCAAGCAAGGGACAUGCUGCAACAUCUCUGCACAGGUCCAAUUUCAAAUGCAUCAGUCGAAGUUGUUCAAGGAAGCCGAUCGGUUGAGGUGCGAGCUGCUGGUGUUACAAAGGGAGCAGCCAUUGACCGCAUCCUGGGGGAGAUAGUUCACAGUAAAUCCAUGACAACCCCAAUUGAUUAUGUUCUAUGUAUUGGACAUUUUCUGGCAAAGCAGGAUGAAGAUAUUUAUGACUUUUUUGAACCAGAGCCUUCUUGUUUUGGUGCGAGUCUUCAACGAAGCAAGUUAACAGAUGCAGCAAAGUUUCCUAGUGAGAAGGUAUCAUCUUUGAAGAUCCCAGCAAUUAAAAAUGGAUUAAAGUCGACAAAUCAAAACAAGGGACAGCGACCUCUCUCAAAUUCGGAGAAGAAAACAACUAAUCAUUUCAACCACGCACCGAGGAAACCAGCCCCUGAAAAGAUCUCUUGGAAUGUCCUUGAUCUCAAGAAGAAGAAUUACUUCUCAUGUGCUGUUGGGAGAACUCAAACAAACGCUGGCUACACGCUUCGAUCUUCUGAUGAGGUUGUUGAUUUUCUGAAGGAACUUGCUUAUGCAUCUUCUCUUAAUAACUGAGUUUCUGAGUGUUAAGAUUAAUUUCUUUUGCAACUAGGAUCAUCCUAGUAAUGCUGCUUCCUCGGGUUUAAAGUUAAAUAAUUUAGUCAUUUUUAGUCUCACAAUUCUUGUAAUAUAGUCUUUCGGCAUUUUUGUAUGAAUUUGAAUCAUUUAAAGUGAGUAAAAUAUAAAGGUAGAUAACCAUGAGUUGUUUUAACAAA